AUGAAAAAUAAGUACAGAAAUACUGAUUCUUCCAUAAAAGCUGGUGAUUUAAUAUUAACAGAACCACCGUUUGCUUUUGUUUUGUCGUCGAAGGAACAAGGUACCCGGUGCGAUAAUUGCUUAGAGAAGGGCAAAGUAUUGAAAUGUUCAGGAUGCCAGUACGUGCACUACUGCGGACGGGCGUGCCAAAGAGACGCAUGGAUUGAUCAUAAGUGGGAAUGCGCUAACUUCAAAAGAAUAACUCCGAAGAUCUUGCCUGAUGGAGCACGGAUGUUGGCGAAGAUUAUCAACCGCUUGCAAAGAGGAGACGGACAUUCUUUUAGAUCGUUUUAUUCUGGAACCUCAUUCAGGAUGUGGAAGGAUUUGAUGUCGCACUAUUCAGACUUAAAAGCCGAUAUAAAACGGAUGGAUCAUUUCACUUCACUGUGUGUGGUGUUGUACGAUUUUCUAAAAGACAUCUCGCUACCAAAUACUGUAGAACUUAUGGGAUUAUAUGGAAGAAUGGUAAUCAACAGCUUUAUGAUAUUGGAUAUAGACAUGAACUCAAUAGGUACAGGCAUAUAUCUAGCGUCAUCUAUACUGGACCACAGCUGUAACCCAAACGCCGUGGCCACGUUUGACGGGAAGACUAUCAAUAUUAGAGCCAUCAGGGAUAUGCCUUGUUUGGAUUGGAAUCAGAUACGCAUAUCAUACAUCGACUUAAUGAAGACUCCGUACGACCGGCAGACAGAACUGCUGCAGAACUACUACUUCUUGUGCCAGUGUGACAGGUGCAUGGAUGAAACACAAAUAAAAUAUGCGCAUGCGGCGAUUUGUCUAAACAAGCAAUGCAAUAAUCCUGUCAGCAUACCGUGGAAGGAAGACUGCCUACUUGUCAGAAAACCAGAAAAAAAAUCUGAUAACGAAAAUAAUUCUGAAAAUCAGAAAUCAGAAAACAGUGAGGAAAAGUCUGAUUGCAAUAGUGGGGAGCAACUGGAAACUGGAGUGUCAAAUGAUAUAGAGAGUAAUAAAGAUGAUACAGAGGCAAUACAUUGUCACGAGUGUGGUACGAAAUAUAGUGAGAAACAUAUCGAUGUAUUCGUUAAGACUAUGGAGUUCACGCAUGUGCAUUUACAGAAUAUGGAGAGGGCUUCCGUAGCUUAUAUAGACGUAUGCCAGUACUGUUUGGAACGGCAAGACGGGGUGGUGCACCCACUCAACGUGAUGCACGCACAGACUUUAGACCACGCGUUCGACGCGCUCAUACAAGUGCAGCUGUGGGAGAAGGCCUGUGGCUACGCUGACAAACUCAUUCCUUGCUUCAGGUUUUACUACGGAGAAAGAAACCCGCUACUUGGCCUUCUCUACUUGAAAUACGGGAAGAUUCUACUUUACAAAAUGGACAUCGAAAAAGCCUUGUCUCAGUUGAAGUGUGCUGAAAAAAUUAUUAAAAUGACACAUGGAGAGAGACAUCCACUUUAUAAGGAACAACUUCUGCCUUUAUUACAACAAGCAAUAAUGGAAUCAUGA